GAGAGCGGCGGCGAGCGCGAGCCUCCACAGGCGAGGAUGACGUUGCCGUAAGCCACCUUCAAAAAUUGAGGGAAAAAAAUAGAAAUGCGGAAUUAAUUUUAUUUGCCUUUUUUUCCUCGAGUCAUUCGCGUAUUUUUAUUGUUGUGAGUGAGGAGAAUCUCUUUUGGCAGCUGAUGUUGGUUUAGAGGGCGUUUUUUUGGAGAGAGAGAGAGAGAGAGAGCGCGAGGGGGCGGGUGUCUCUCGCGCAGCCUCACACAGACGCUCGUGAAAUUACCACACGGACGGUUUACUUUCACAUUUAUCGUUUAUUUUUGGGAAUUUUUGGAUAAACAACACCGUAAUCGAUGCGCGGCCUUCUAACGGACAUUCGCCGCUGAUACUACGCCCGCGUUUUUUCUGUUUUUGUGUUUUUUCCCCUCAGUGGAGCGUUCGUUGGGAUUCGUUAUGAAUUCCAGUCCGCUUCCUAACGGCAGACUCCUGCCGGACAGCCAGAGCUGGAACUCCUCCGGUUCCGACGAGGAUCUGGAUGCCGAACCGGGACCCGGGCCGCACGGAGGGGUGGCGGAAUUCGGCGGGGUGCUCAGUAAGUGGACUAACUACAUUCACGGAUGGCAGGACCGCUGGGUCGUUCUGAAGAACAACACCUUGAGUUACUACAAAUCCCAGGACGAGCGCGAGUACGGCUGUCGCGGCUCCCUGUGCCUCAGCAAGGCUGUCAUCACACCUCAUGAGUUUGACGAGUGCCGGUUGGACAUCAGUGUCAAUGAUAGCGUGUGGUAUCUACGCGCUCAGGACCCAGAACAUCGCAACCAAUGGAUCGAUUCCAUCGAGCAGCACAGGGCUGAGUCUGGUUAUGGCUCUGAAUCCAGUUUGAGGAGACACGGCUCCAUGCUGUCCCUCACAUCAGCCACCAGCGGAUACUCAGCCACCUCCACCUCCUCCUUUAAGAAGGGUCACAGUCUGCGAGAGAAGCUGUCAGAGAUGGAGACGUUUCGAGACAUCCUGUGUAGGCAGGUGGACACACUGCAGAAAUACUUUGAUGGCUGCGCUGAUGCCGUGACCAAAGACGAGCUCCAGAGAGACAAGAUCGUGGAGGAUGAUGAAGAUGGUUUCCCUACCACUCGCUCCAAUGGAGAAUUCCUGCAUAACAACAACGGCAGCAAGGAGAAAUUAUUCCAGUGUUUGAGUCAUAAAGGCAUUAAUGGGAUAGAUUUUAAAGGAGAGGCCAUCACGUUCAAGGCAACCACGGCGGGAAUCUUGGCUACACUUUCUCACUGCAUCGACCUGAUGGUGAAGAGAGAGGACAGCUGGCAGAAGAGACUGGAUAAGGAGAUGGAGAAGAGGAGGAGGAUGGAGGAGGCGUAUAAAUCAGCCCUGUCCGAGCUGAAGAAGAAGUCUCAUUUUGGAGGGCCCGAUUACGAGGAGGGUCCAAACAGCCUGAUCAAUGAAGACGAGUUCUUUGACGCCGUGGAGGCCGCUCUGGACAGACACGACAAAAUAGAAGAACAGUCUCAGUGUGAGAAGAGCAGGAUACAGAGGAGCAGUUCAGUGCCUUCAGGAGACGUCUACUCCAGCGUGGGCUCUCACCGAUUCGCUGAGAAGCCCCCCUCUCGUCCUUGCUCUCUCUCAUCUUCUGCUGUAGCCUUCACUCCUUCACUCUAUGAGCACCGGUUCAGUGCUGAGGUGGAGGAGAUGGUUCAGAAUCACAUGACCUACUCCCUGCAGGACGUCGGUGGAGACGCUAACUGGCAGCUGGUGGUGGAAGAGGGAGAGAUGAAGGUGUACCGACGGGAGGUGGAGGAGAACGGGAUCGUGCUGGACCCUCUGAAGGCCACACACUGUGUCAAAGGGGUCACAGGUCACGAGGUCUGCCACUACUUCUGGGACACGGAUGUCCGUAACGAUUGGGAGACUACUGUUGAAAACUUCAACAUCGUGGAAACGCUGUCCGAUAACGCCAUCAUCAUCUACCAGACUCAUAAGAGAGUGUGGCCAGCGUCCCAGAGAGACGUCUUGUACCUGUCUGCCAUUCGUAAGAUUAUGGCCAAUAACGAAAACGAUCCAGACACAUGGCUCGUCUGUAACUUCUCAGUCGAGCACGAAAAUGCCCAGCCAAACAACAGAUGCGUUCGUGCUAAAAUCAACGUUGCGAUGAUCUGCCAGACGCUGGUCAGUCCACCUGAGGGAGACAAAGAGAUCAGCAGAGACAACAUCCUGUGCAAAAUCACAUACGUGGCCAAUGUGAAUCCCGGCGGCUGGGCUCCUGCGUCUGUCCUGAGGGCCGUCGCGAAAAGAGAAUAUCCCAAAUUCCUCAAGCGCUUCACUUCCUACGUCCAGGAGAAAACAGCGGGAAAGCCCAUCCUCUUCUGAGCACCAGUUCCCCAGUUCUGCUGUCGGUGUGCAUGAGCGCCUCUGGUUCCCGCACACUCCUCUAGCGACACCGAAGACUCAUCACGUCUCUUCUCCAGACUCUUCUGAAUCCCGCUGCCACAGGGAGCCCGGCGGUAGACGCUUGAUGCCGUUCUGUAGCACCACACUAGCUCACACAGGCAGAGGACUAGAGAUGCCCAACGUCAAAGUCUGUCCCAUGUUUUCUGGCUGAGAUCUACAUUGAUAUGAAUAUAUAUGUAUGUAUGUAUGUAUGUAAGUAAGUGAGAUGGGAAGUAUAUAUGUAUAUAUAUAUAUAUAUAUAACGGAGAGUUUUGAAGCUGAACACUCGAGACCGGCUCUGUUUUAGUCCUGUUAUUUUCCUGUUUGAACAAACAUUUCAGCUUUGCUUUCAUAGUCCUCGUAUAAUCGCUGUUUGGGGGAAAUCAAAGGCAUGUUUGUGAGUGAACUCUAUGAACCUGUCUUUCGUCUCGAUGUUGGCCGUCUCUUUUAUGAAGCGCAGCAUCUGCCGCUGACGAGGAGACGCUUCAUUUCUUUGGCGAUUUAAUUAUAUCCGUCUCUCAGCAGCUGAUAUACUGUAGCACAAUUCCAGAUCGAUCGUAACCGGCAGAAAUGUUUAAUAUGUCAGAUGAACGUUGCGUACAUAUUAUUUGUAUAUAAUUUCAUUAUUGCUUCAGAUCGUCAGUCGACGCUUUUGCCUGACUAAUCCAACUCCAUAUGCCUUAGUGUGUGUGUGUGUGUGUGACUGAGAGGUGUGUACCGACUCAAACAUUUCUAGAAAAGUGCCUCAUUAUUGAUCUUGCCGAUUGUUCAGCCCAAACUACAGCCACAAACCAACCUGGCGUCCUUUAGUGUUUAUACAAAGAUCAUUUCACAUUGAUUUCUUACCUCAUGUUAGAAUGUGUUGUCUUCUUAUUGGAGAAGCCCUGACACCAAUCAAAUUCUCUGUCCAAUAGGGAGAUGCGGUUUCAAUUUGGGGCGUAGCUCAUAUGUAGUUGUAGAUCAGGUAGAAUUAGUUGCU